AUGACUUCUCAAAUUGUGCACCACUCCAUACAGUACACCGCGUUCGAUGUGCUGUCAAAAAUUCUUAACGUAAUGAAAACAGAUUCUCUCUUCGAGUUGUUGCAACUCAACCAAGCUUAUUCCAGCCAAGACCAAGAGUAUGAGAAAAAUGAAUUUUACGGAGACUCGUAUUUGGAAGAACGGGUUUCCUCUCUUGUCUUAAAAUUUUUGAGAAAGUACGAACAAAUACCAUUUGAAAUGUACAGCGGACUUCGGAUACACACCGUCAAAAAUCAGACCCUUGGUGAAAUAUUUGACUCGCUUCAUUUAGGCGAUGCGAAGACGUUCGAAAAGAAGAAGAAAGGCGAUUUAGUUGAAAGUAUUAUCGGCGGGUGUGUAUUGCUCUCCCAACGAGAAGACGCAACACUCUUUUUGUUGUACGCACACGCACUCAUUGAUUACACUUUUUAUCACUCGUCUUACAAUUACUUUCUUUCAAACCCACCGAAGCACGUGAAAGAAAAUGUCGUCAGUGAUAUUCAAGACUGGUUCAAAAAUCAGUUAAGCUUCUAUAGGAGCUCUCUUGAGAAGUAUCAGAACGACCCAGAGAAUUUCUACUUGGAAGAGCAACACGUCUCUGUAGACCUGUUUGAUGAACGAGACCUUGACGUGAACGACAUCGACUACAUACUCAACAGCACCGAACCUCUUGAUUUCGGCAUCCCGCAGGAGCAGACCCAAGAUGUCCAAACUUUCUUUGUGUAA